UCUUGUUUCUUUUUAUAACGAAAAUACACAUUUCUGUCAGUUUUAAGAGAAUACAAAAAUCGAAAUACAAUACAUGUUUUUUUUUGAGAAGAUAACACAAUAAAAUUAUUAAAUAGUGAUCAAAAUGAGUUUUUCUCUUAAAUUACUACAACACGCUCCUAAACCUUUUUUAAACAAAACGCUACAAAAUAUUAUACUUCAAGACAAGGUUGUUUUAAAUCAUAAUUCUAUUCGAUUACGUUUUGGAUUACCAACCAAAAAAUCAAUUCUUGGUUUACCUGUAGGUCAGCAUAUUAAAUUUUAUACUCCCAAUCUAGUGGGUAGAAUUCCAGGCGAAUGGAAUGGAUGUCAAGAUCCGUUUUUUAAGCUGGUUUCAGAAAAUACACGUGGUACGACUAAUGAGUUAUGUAUUGAGAGAAAGUAUACCCCGGUCACUGGAGAUGAAGUUUCAGGAUACGUUGAUUUCGUUAUUAAAGUUUAUCGUGGUGGAGAAAACUCAAAAUAUAUUGAUGGUGGCAAAGCUUCCCAAUAUCUUGAUUCUCUCAAAAUCGGUGACGCUGUAACUAUACGUGGCCCUAUCGGACUGGUUAAAUAUAUCGGAUGUGGUAACUUUCUUUAUGGCGCCAAAUCUUUACACGACAAAAAAAAGCUUUUAAUGAUAGCAGGAGGAACAGGCAUAACACCCAUUUUCCAGCUUAUCGACACAAUUCUGAAUGAUCCAAGCGAUAAAACAAUAUUAUGUCUUUUAUAUGCCAACCAAACAGAAGAUGACAUUCUCCUACACAAAGAGCUACAAAUGUUGACUGAUAGAAAUCCAAAACAACUACAAGUAUUUUACACUGUAGAUCGACCUAUUAAGCCAUUAAAGUGGAAUCAUUUCGUUGGUUACGUUUCUUGUGAAAUGAUUCAAAAAGUAUUCCCUGAAUUUCAAGAAUCUAGUUUAGCCUUACUUUGUGGUCCUCCUCCUAUGGUACAUCAAACUUGUCGACCUGCCCUUACUUCAAUGGGAUGGCCCACGGAUCAUAUUCUAACAUUCUAAC